UAUUAUGGCUUCUGCAGAGAAGACAGAAGAAUAUCCUUUUGCAGAUAUCUUUAAUGAGGACGAAACAGAAAGAAACUAUUUGUUGUCCAAACCUACUUGCUUUAUUGUAUUUGGAAAACCAGGUACUGGGAAGACAACAUUAGCCCGUAAUAUAGCGCAGGCCUGGAAAUGUAUUCGUGUUGAAGCUUUAUCGGUUUUGGAAGAACACAUUGCCACUGAGACGGAAACGGGAGCUAUGCUGCAGUCCCUGCUGGUGAGAGGCCACAGCAUCCCAGACGAGCUCGUCACAAAGCUGAUCCUGGAGAAGCUCAAGUCUCCAGAAGUCUCUCACUUCGGUUACAUCAUCACGGAAUUACCAGCACUCUCACAGGACACCACGACCACUUUGAAGCAAACAGAAUUAGUUAAACAUUUAGAAUUGCAACCUGAUGUCAUAAUCAAUAUUAAGUGCGGUGACUAUGACCUAUGCCAAAGGGUCUCUGGGCAGAGACAGCACAGUUCCACAGGGUACAUAUAUAGUAGAGAACAGUGGGACCCCGAGAUCAUCGAGAGCCGCCGGAGACGGAAGAAGGACACGCCCAAAGACGGAAAAGCUGAGGAGGAGGAAGAGGAAGAAGAACAGGAAGAAGAGGAGGCAUUUAUGGCUGAAAUGCAGAUGGUGGCUGAAAUUCUUCAGUACCUGGUCCAGCGGCCUGAGGAUUAUUUGGAGAACAUUGAAAGCACUGUGAAGCUUUAUAAGGACAUACUUCUUCAUGCUCUAGAGGAGGUAAUGGCUGAGCAUAAUCCCCAGUAUCUCAUCGAGCUGGAUGGGAAUAAGUCCCCGGAGGAGCUCUUCUUGGCAGUUAUAGAGCGGCUGAAAUACUUGAAUCUAAGAAGAGCCGCCAUUGUCACCAAGCUGCAGAGUACAGAAGAAGAGAUGAAUGACAUAGUAGACACUGAAGAGCUGUUCCGGACACUCUCGGCAUAUAAACUCCUUGCGCCACGGUACAGGUGGCACCGCAGCAGGUGGGCGCGCUCUUGUCCCAUCUCCUUAAAGGAUGGGAACAUUUUUUCGGGAUCAGCGGAUUUUUCUGUGAGUUUCCUAGGUAAAAUGUACUGCCUGUCCUCUGAAGAAACAUUAAAACAGUUUUCACUGAACCCCCGUCCCUGCCUUCUGCCACCCAUGCCAAUCCCACCGUGUAAAAUCUUUUUAUUUGGGCCCCGGAGCUCAGGGAAAACAACGCUGGGCAACCUGAUUGCAGAAUACUUCAAAGGAAAGUUGGUUGACUAUGCUAAACUUAUUCAGCCACGUUUCGAUGACGCCCGUGAGAAACUCAUUAGAGAUACCAUAGCUGAAGCCACCAACACAGCCAUCAAAACCGUGAAGGAGAAGCUGCUGACGGAAAUGCGAACCAGGAGGCAAGAGGAGAGAACCUUAAGGGAACUGCAAAUUCAGUAUGCAAAAAAGGAAUACGAAGACUUCAUGGAGUACAAAAUGUUUAAGAGCUCUGACGAUUUACAGUCUGUGGCAGACGACGAAGGCUCCCAGAAGUUUAGCCUCUUAGACAUUGCUGACGAAGACAGAACUAGGUCGGAGAACGCCCUUGCUACAGACACCGAAAAAGACGUAUGGACAGAAGAGUCCAUAGAAGAGGUGGAUGAAAGCCACCCUGAGGUGCUUCUCAUGAUGGAGGACACUCUGAGGCACGCCAAGGAGCUGAACUUUGAGCAACCAUAUGAAAAACAUGCUGAGCUUCUAGACGAAGUCAUCAAAGAGAUAACAGAAGAUAACAAGAACAGGUUUCCUGGUGCCCCGAAACAAGGAGGAUGGAUUGUGGACAAUUGCCCUGUCAUACGAGAACUGUGGAUGGCCUUCAUUGAAAAGGGGGUUGUGCCUGAUUUGGUUAUCUCUUUAACAGAUGCAGAAAACAAUGGAAAAUGCUUUUUAAAUAGAAUGUAUUUAAAGAAUAAGACUGAAAUUGAUGCUAAGAUUUUAGAAAGAUUGCUAUAUGAACUUCGAAUCAAAAAAAAGGAAGAGGAGGAAAUACGCAAAGCCAAAGAAGAGGAGAUGAGGCUGGAAGAAGAAAAGCAGAGGAUUAUGGAAACCAUGGCUAAGAAAGCAAAAGAUGUUGAAGAGCCUGAUAAUGAAGCUGAUGAGGAGGUUGAUGCUGAAGAUUUUGAAGCCCAUGAAGAGCCAGAGGUACCCGAGAUGCAGGAGUACACCCGAGGGUCUCUGUUGCCUGAGGGGUCUGAAGCAUCUGAGUUCCCAGAAGCAGAGCAUGAACCGGAAGCAGUCACUGAACCUCCUGAGGACCCUACAGUUGAAGCAGAAAUCCAAAAGGAAUCCAAAGAGAUCCUGGAGUCUGAAGAAGUAACUGAAACAGUUGUUCUGCCGGAGUUCCCAGACGAUGCUUACCCCAAUGUUUCUGAGAUGGAGCCUCUGAAAGAAGAGCUGAAUAAUUACCUUCUCAUGUGGAAACAUCUGGAGCAGAUGAUCACUGACAAUCUGAUUCAAAUAUUAACACUGGAUAUUUCCAACAAAACACCGAAGGAAUUGCUUCAAAAAGUCAUUGAGACGAUGCAAAAACCUUUUCAGUACGCUGCGUGGGAACUAAACGCCGAAGAUUAUGACGAAGAGGCGGAAGACUUUCAGGCAGAGAUGGAAGUGGAUGAGGAACAGGAGGAAGAGGAGGAGGAAGAGGAGGAGGGAGAAGAAAAGCUGAAAGAAAAAAGGAGACACCUGGGAGACACAAAGCACUUCUGCCCGGUGGUUCUCAAAGAAAACUUCAUCCUGCAGCCGGGCAGCAUGGACGAGGCCGUGAAAUACCGAGAAAAGAUAUACUACUUUUCGACUGCGGAGGCCAAGGAAAAGUUCCUGGAGCAUCCCGAGGAGUACGUGUCCCAGAACGAACCGCUGAAGGCUCCUCCAAUCAGGAUAUGUCUUCUGGGCCCCCGCGGCUCUGGCAAAACUUUAUGCGGAAGAAAGCUGGCGGAAAACUUCGGCAUUUUUCAUAUUCAAUUUGAUGAAUUUCUCCAAGAAAAAAUGCUGCUCAAGGCUGAAAGGAAAUUCGGACCUGAGUUUGAGGACGAUUCCGAGGAGGAGCAAGCAACGAAGCAAGAACUUGAAGAGCUUGCAGUUCAGGCGAACGUGAAGGUUGAAGAAGAAAACACAAAGAAGCAGCUUCCAGAUGUUCAAUUCACGGAAGAGGAAGAAGCAAUCAAGCUGAGUCUAACGGAGAACGAGGCCCUGCCUUCGGAAGUUCUAGACCCCAUCCUUUCCGAGUGGUGGCUUAAAGAACCAACACGCUCCACCGGCUUCAUACUGGACGGUUUCCCGCGGUACCCCGAGGAGGCCCAGUUUCUAGGAGACCGGGGCUUUUUCCCGGAUGCUGCCGUUGUCAUACAAGUAGAUGAUCAAGACAUCUUUGAUCGCCUCCUUCCUGAGCAAGUUCAGAAGUGGAGAUUGAAACAGCGCAAGAAAUUAGAAAGGAAAAAGCUCAUCAAAGACUUGAAGACAAAGAUCAGGGAGGAUAUGAUUGCUAAAAGAAGAGCUGAACUUAUUUUAGAGAGAGACAGAAAAAGGAGAGGGGACGGUGUGUUCAGGGAUGAUGACGACUUUAGUGACGACGUGUCGGAUGAAGAGGAUGACAUUGAAAACACCCUUGAAGAGGAGUUUCCCAAGGACGAGGAGGAGAUGAGUGAGGAAGACGAGGAGCAGGAAGGGGAAGCAAUUGAGCGUCUGCGAAGCGAACUGGGGGAGAAGUUUGAGACAAACAUAAGUAACCUGCAGAUAAUACAGGAAGAAUUCGAGAAGUUUCUGAUACCAAUAAUUACAGUUAACGGAGCUAGGAAAAUUCACAUUGUGCAAUAUGUACUGAAUUUGAAAUUGAAACCACUAGUGGAAAAUCGGGCAAGCAUUUUUGAAAAGUGUUAUCCAGUGACGGCACACCUUGCUCAUAAAAUGCUGGCCUUUACCUACAAAUACAUGAGCUCGUUUGGCUACUGGGACCCCGUAAAGCUAAGCGAAGGAGAGACGAUCAAGCCUGUGGAGAAUGCGGAGAACCCUCUUCACGCUGUAAUCCAUCGUCAGUAUAUUUAUUUUUUAUCCAGUAAACAAACUAAGGAAAAAUUUAUGAUGAACCCAAUCAAAUACAUCCGGCAACCCAAACCCAAACCUACUAUGCCUGUAAGGAUUAUGAUUGUGGGGCCUCCCAAGUCGGGAAAAACUACAGUUGCCAAAAAGCUCACAAGUGAAUAUGGCUUAAAACGUUUGUCAAUAGGAGAUGCCUUGCGUAGCAUGUUAAGCAAUCACCCAGAUACGGAGCUGUCACUCAUGAUAAAUUGGCACCUUCACAAAGGAAUGACAGUGCCUGAUGCUCUUGCUAUUCAGGCUUUAGAUAUUUCCCUCAUGGAAAGUGUGUGCAACACUAUAGGUGUGGUCAUUGAUGGCUACCCUGUGACCACAAACCAGAAGAAUCUCUUGGAGGAGAGGUCAAUCAUUCCCAUGAUCAUCUUUGAGUUGGAUGUGCCGUCCAAGGAGAUUUUCAAAAGGUUGCUUUUAGAACGGAAGAUGGAGCAAAGUACGCCUUAUCCACUGCACAACAGCACACAGAUUAUCGCCUAUAAGAAUGCCAAGUACCGUAAAAAUGUCAGUGAGAUCAGGCAAUUUUAUCAAGAACAACAUCAAAACUGGCAUGUGAUUGAUGGAUUUCACAGUAAGUGGUGGGUAUGGAACGAAGUCAUUAAAGACAUCCAACAGAUGAAUAAGUACAUACAGAUAUACAUGGAAAGAAUAAAGGAAGGGAAGGCUGCGUGCAUUGACAAAUUAUGUAUCACUCCGGAAGAGCUGAUUUCUCGCCUGGGAGAGUUUGGACAGUUCUGCCCUGUCAGCCUAGCGGAAUCUUACGAAUUAAUUGAUUGUUCUGUAACUAAAAGCUUGGAAUUUGCUGCAGAGUUCAGGGGACACUAUUAUAAAAUGAGUUCUCAGGAAAAUCUAAAUAAAUUUCUGGCGAACCCAGAGUUGUAUGUGCCUCCCUUGGCUCCGUACCCACUCCCGCCUGCAGCCAUGCUCCCCAAAAGGCUGACCCUGCCAGAGCUGAAGAGUCGAUUCCCUAAGUGUGCUGAGCUCCAAGGCUACUGCCCAGUGACUUACCAUGACGGAAAGCAAAGAUAUGAAGCCUUGGUACCUGGUAACAUUCAAUAUGCUGCAGAGUAUCGUGAUCGUAUAUUUAUUUGUGAGAGUGAAGAAAAACUCCAGAAAUUUUUGAGGUUGCCAAUGCAGUACUGGGACCAGAAGCUUCCGUGCAAACUUCCCCCGCUAAAGGAACCCAUCUACCUUACAAGUCUCCCUCUGCCUGGAUAUCUGGAACAGGGUACAGCAACUUCCCUGAUCAAAGCACUGAACGCAGCAGGAUGCCUGAAGCCCAAGUUCCCCUUCUUGAGUGUGAGGCGAUCUGUGCUUCUGUACAUAGCAUUGCAUCUCAAAGCAUUUAAUCCCAAAGGUUCUGAAUAUUCAAGAUUAAAAUACAAGAAGAAGAUGGAGAAGUUUAUGGAGAGAUGUGAACUCAUAACAUACCUCAGUGGCAAGAUGACCCGGAAGUACAAGGAACCUCAGUUUAGAGCUAUCGACUUCGAUCAUAAGCUGCAGACCUUUUUCUCCCUGAGAAACAUAGACCCGGUUACCGGAUAACCUGGGUAGCUUACCAAGACCCGAGUUCCCGAAGUCUUCUCCAUAGAGGGCCCUAAAGCAGCAGCUGGAAGUCCUGUGUUCCCUGAAGACCUUACGUGGUUACCACCAGGCCUCAGACAGACUCAAAGCUCAUCAGCCAGGAGGGCUCACCCUCUGAGUACCAAAGUGUUCAUACAAUUUUCAACUUUAUUGCCUUCUUCUGAAUGUUGAUGCUCCCACGAAAUAGGCAUUCUGUUUGAGAUAUUAAAAUGCUUACUAAAUCUAAUUUCUAUUUUUU